CACAUUUAUCUGCACCGCUUGUUAGUCUUCCUUUAUUUUUCUAGGAGAUGGCAGAGCAGAACUGUGCCCAGUUCUGUGGAGGACACAGCAGAGCCAUGUAUGAAGGGGCUGACCUGCACUAAUUGUUCUUUCAGUGAUUUUCUGAAAGUUGUAACGCCUGUAAUUGCCUGAGGAGGAGGAAACCUGGUGAGGUGUGUCUGGGUUGUAGCUGUCACAGCUUGGAAGUGCUGGUUCUUUUUGUCUGAGGAUCUUGAGGUCUUUGAGGAGCAUGGAGUUCUGAGUGCAUGUGGCGUGCCCAGCAGACUGCACUGCUACAGCUGGUGAGACCAGGCAAGCAGAGGGAAAACUGCUCCAAAGGACCAACCCAAUUAAUACUUGCAUGUGGUGGAGGUGUUCAUUCUUACUGAUAGCUGCCCCUUAACUUUUAUGGUCUUGGCAUCAGCUGUCGGAUUGUGACAAGAAUGGGCUACAAGCACAGACAUUGUAAAUGAACAGCAAAGUAUACUACAGCAAAAGUUGCAGAGGAUGUUUAUAGAGCAGUAGAUAAGCUCUGAGCUUCCUGUGGUUUAAGGAUUGUUCCCCCCAACUGCAGCUUGCAGCUUUUGUUUCCCCAGAGCUGGAAUUCGGUCGUUCUCAUGAGUCUUAUUUGCUGUUCAAACAGCAGAGUGAAUGUACCUCAGGUCCAAAAGGAAAAGAGCCGUAUCAAAUGAAGGCUGCCUUUCGUAAGAGCUGGCACUGCUUUUAGGUAUCUGUAGUCCCAGGUAGAGAAAAUGAAUGAGGUGAGGACAACACAUAGCUGAAGCUGAGGGUCAGGAUGUAUGAUGGGGCCAUCACUGGCAGUAUCGAAGCUGUAGGAAGCAAAUGUUGGCCCACAGCAAGCAAGUGGUGGCACGAGGCCAGAGGACAAAUAGAAGUCCCUCAUGCCAAAGUGGUGCUGGAAACUGGGAUUUUGAGAAAACAGAGGAGAAACAAAGGGAAGAUGAUGGACUUCUUCAGGUACAGGCGGUGGGACGGAGAGCACCAGGAUGGGGAACUUUGCCUUGUGAGAUGCAGAGAAGAGUGACUGUCAUUAUUGAUCAGCAAGGAAAAAAUGGUUUAGUAAUAGUCAGAUUGGGUAAGGAAUACAGGGGAACAUGUAGGGCUACUGUGAUUUGAAAGGGUGGUUGUGUUGGCAUACAACUAAAGAUAGCUGUAUGUGAGCCUCUGAAUAGCACAGAAGUUUUGGGAUGCAGGCUUUGAGUUGAGCUCCAUUGAAACAGCAGGAAUCUUUCAGUGAACUUGAUGGCUGACUGCAGCAGCUUAGUACAAAAGUCCUUCUUGCCAUGCAUGUUGACUUGAAAAAUUAGCAUGAAUGAUGGGAAGAAGUCUCAUUUUAGGUGAAAAAGGACAAUUGAUGAUCCAGUAGGCAGUAGCUGGCCUUUUAAAAGAUCUCCUCUGCCACUGAUUUCAUAAGAUGCAGAUUUGGAAGGCUGAUGAAAUUCUGGGCAGCGUCCCACUUAAGUUUCAAAACCUUCUUCUGCAUCUUGCAUUAUUUCACAAUGCAGUCAUAAGAAGCAGCACGAAUUGAGCGUGCAGUUUCUUUUUUCCUUAACUGUUGAGUGUUGAUCAUCAGAGUGGUGGGCGGCUGUAAUCUUACACUGAGAUGCAUCCUGCUGUCUCUAUGUAUGACCAACUGCCCUACGCUGAUUGUCAUGGUGGGUCUGCCAGCAAGAGGGAAAACCUACAUCUCAAAAAAGCUGACACGCUACUUAAAUUGGAUUGGAGUGCCUACAAAAGAAUUCAACGUUGGUCAGUAUCGUCGAGAUCUGGUGAAGAAGUAUAAAUCAUUUGAAUUCUUCCUGCCUGACAACGAGGAAGGGUUGAAAAUCAGGAAGCAGUGUGCCUUAGCGGCGCUGAACGACGUCCGACAGUACCUCAGCGAGGAGAACGGGCACGUGGCUGUCUUUGAUGCUACGAACACAACUCGAGAACGCAGAGAAACCAUUUACAAAUUUGGUGAAGAAAAUGGAUACAAGACGUUUUUUGUUGAGUCAGUGUGCGUCGAUCCAGAGGUCAUUGCUGCAAACAUUGUGCAAGUGAAGCUGGGUAGUCCUGACUACGUUGAUUGUAGUAAUGAUGAAGCAACAGAAGACUUCAUGAAAAGAAUAGAGUGCUACAAGAACUCCUAUGAGACGUUAGAUGAAAAUCUUGACAAGGAUCUUUCUUACAUUAAAAUUAUGGACGUUGGAAGGAGUUACCUUGUGAACAGAGUAAUGGAUCACAUCCAGAGCCGAAUUGUCUACUACCUCAUGAACAUCCAUGUGACUCCUCGGUCAAUCUACCUCUGUCGACAUGGAGAAAGCGAACUCAAUCUGAAAGGGAGAAUAGGAGGGGACCCUGGACUGUCUGUCAGGGGGAAAGAAUUUGCCAAGAGCUUGGCACAGUUUAUUAACGAGCAAAACAUCAAGGAUCUGAAGGUUUGGACCAGUCAGAUGAAAAGAACGAUUCAGACUGCUGAAGCUUUGGGAGUGCCUUAUGAGCAGUGGAAGGUUUUGAAUGAGAUAGAUGCAGGAGUGUGUGAAGAAAUGACAUAUGAGGAGAUACAGGAAAAUUAUCCUCUUGAGUUUGCACUGAGAGACCAAGACAAAUACAGAUACAGAUACCCUAAAGGAGAGUCCUAUGAAGACCUUGUUCAGAGGCUGGAGCCAGUAAUUAUGGAGCUUGAAAGGCAGGAAAACGUGCUUGUCAUCUGUCACCAAGCUGUCAUGCGCUGUUUGCUCGCAUAUUUUCUUGACAAGCCUGCAGAACAACUGCCUUACCUGAAGUGCCCGCUGCACACUGUCCUAAAGCUAACCCCAGUGGCUUAUGAAUGUAGGCGUGGACCGGUCGAGAGAAGAAGCCUUGAGGACAGUACCCAACCACCUAUAGCUGCAGCUCCGGAGGCAGCAGCCCUUCCUCCAGCACCUGAGCACGGAGCAGCAGCUCAGGCCCUUGAGAACAGUGAAGGCGUCGCUGGGCGCCAGGCGGGGCGCAGCUCCCCUCCACCUUCAGACAUUCCGAAUGUGAUUCACCUUCUUUGGAGAAAAGCUGUAGUUGUGGUGAACUCCUGGUGCCAAAAGGUAGCGGUAAAAAGAAACCCAUGGCGGCGGAGUCCAGUUGGUUUUAGACUUCUGUAUGUAAAGUUGUGCUGUUUCAGUGGCUUUUAGUGUUCAUCUGUGGGUGUGGGUUCAUCUGCAAGAUGGUUAAUUGCCCGUGUCAAUUUUACUGUCAGAUUUUAACUAGACUUUACUUUCUUUAAGUGUUUUUUUCUAAGAAUUUCUCUUAUUUCUACUGUGAAUGAUUGCCUAGAAUUAUGGGGAGGCUUAUUUAACACAAAGGGAAUCCUGCAUUGAGAGCAUUGUAGGCUUUGUGAUGCGAAGCUACUUCUAAUCAGAAAGCUCAUUGGCUGUGCUAGCUUCUGUCUCUCACUGAUCUUGGGUUUGCCCAAAACACUUACAUUGUUAUGAGAGGGGGAGACCUUCCCCUUGGAAAACAAAUCGAUUCCAAUGAGUUUCACCACCUGAUAGAUCCUGCUGCUUCAGCAGGGUUGUAACGUGUUCCAGGGGCCGGCUGUAGUGUGGAGCACAGUGGAGGGCAGAGCUUGAAGUAAUGGCUGUGGGAUGUGUGUGUGACAGCAGCCUGGGCAGUGGGAGCGGGCAGAGCAGUGCCCCGGUGUGUGCUCAGCUGCAGGAGGGCCGGGCAGCUGUUCUGACCGUGAGCUGGGGAAGGGCUGAGGAUGCAGAGGCCGGAGGAGCUGCUUUUCUUUUUAGCACUGUGAUUUUUGAAGCAAAUUUGGAUGAAUUUCAGCGUGUCCGUUUCUCUUUAUAGCCACAUCUAACACAUACAUCAGGAAACAGUACAGGAAGGUGAGGUGGCGUUUCACCUUUCUUAUAGCUCAUGCAAGAAAACAUCAGGUAAAGUGUGAAACUUCUGUCACACUGCACGUAUGCCUUUUUGUCUUUUAAUUAUUGUUGUUUUUAAGCAACCUCCCACUGCCCAAAUUCUUUGCUGCUGUUCUGUAGUUCUCUGUGAAACUCCAGUGCUACAAAUGGGCUUCUCUGUGUCUGUUGAGGGGACGACCUCCUAAGUACUGAACUGCUGUGUGUUUGGUGUGUUACCCCACAGCUGAAGUGUGCUGGCUUCGUCCUGGAAAGGACUGCCUUUUUGGUGAUGGACGGUGCUUUUUGUUUGUUUGUUUAAUUUUUAUUCUUUUUCUUAAGGACUUCUCUUCAAGUGACCGAACCUUAACUGUGUACAUUGUUGAUUUAACAACAAAACAUAACAGAACUCUGUUUGUUCAAUUCCUGUGUGAAAUACGGGGUCCUCCUAACGUCGUUUGAUGGGCUGGGGAUGCACUGUCUUCUGUUCAUGCAGGAUUUGUAAGAUAACGUGCUGCUGUCUGUCGUGGUUUGUUUUAAUAAGCUAAUGUCAGCGAGCUGCUCUGCUGAGGAAGUAAGCCAUAUCACAUCGCUGGGUUCCGCUGCAGAAGAGGAAAAGGGAGGGCACGGAGUGACCAGGAACACGGGCCGUGAGCGCUGCUGGCUCGAGCUUUGUGUGUGUGUGUGACCCAUUAACUCAGCACCGUCUGUCUCAGCCCUUCCUUCAUUCAGCUGUGUUCGCAGCGUUUGUGCUCGGCGUACUUAAUUUAUUGAUGCAUAGUAACCAAGGCCAUCUUUGUGCCAAACGCAUAGAAACACUUUUCUCCCCCUAAUUUUUUGUGUUCUUUGCUUGGGAAGGCAGGGCUGUGCUCCUCCAGACCUCUGCCGUGGGCAGGAGCCAUUCCACAGCUCUUCCUUUGAGAUGUGUGCCCGGGUUAGAGGGGCUGGGGAAGCAGGGGACCACACCUGCUCCAAGGGACGUGGUGGAAGGACAGAUUCCCCCGAGCAAGAGGUGAGCUGGAGGCUGCUCUUUCCUCCCCUUCUCUGACCUCCCCACCCUUUUGGAGGUGCUGUAUAAUUCCUUGAGGCUAAAUGUUUUAUGUACAGUAGGUAUUUUUAUAGCCUGCUUUCGAAUAUACUGUGAGUGUUUUACUAAGUGGGUGUUCUCUUAAAAAAAAAAAAAGGAAAAAAAAAGGUUGUAUAGAAGUGUAAAUAAACUGUUAUGCUGAUACUUGAAGAGAAAAAAUGAUGAAGUUGUCUGUGGGACUUUAGGUACUAAAUCAUCAACUGCAUCCACCCCUUUCUAGCUGGAGAGAGCAAAUGUAGACAGUGAAUGUAACUGUGCAGCGAGCGCUCCGUUCUGCCUGCUGUGUGACUGCUCUGGGGAGGCACUGGUGAGGACUGCAGUGCCCCAGCACUGCCCUGAGCAGCUGCCCAUGUCCUGCGCUCCUCUUCCUGCCAUGCAGCCCUGACCGAAGCAGCACAGGGAGGUAAAAACCUUCAUCCUGGCCUUGUGUAGCUGUGUCUGUUUCACUACCUUCCGACUGUUAAUGCACUCGCUAGCUCAGACGCAGUCUUCUGAAUGAGAUGAAACUACCUUUUCUUACAUUGUUGGCCUUCAUUGUUGUAAUCUUUCAGACCGAUGUAAUUGUUUGACAUUUGAUCCAAGCAAUAAAGAUCAAAUGCUACACCCUGCA